GAGUCCUCCGGGGCGGCACCGAAGCCGCGGGUCUUCGGGGCGGGGCCGAGGCCGCCGGUUCAGGUGUCGCGGCGGCUCCACGUCGCCCUAGCGGCCCGCGGGGCUGGAGCGCGCGGAGCCCGGGGCGCGCCCGGCGUGAGAGCCCGGACGGGCCGCAGCGUCCGAGCGCCGGCCCUUGGGGCUGGGCGGCCAUGGCGGGCCCGGGCCCCGGGGACCCCGACGAGCAGUACGACUUUCUGUUCAAGCUGGUCCUGGUGGGCGACGCGAGCGUGGGCAAGACGUGCGUGGUGCAGCGCUUCAAGACGGGCGCCUUCGCCGAGCGCCAGGGCAGCACCAUCGGCGUGGACUUCACCAUGAAGACGCUGGAGAUCCAGGGCAAGAGGGUCAAGCUGCAGAUCUGGGACACGGCCGGCCAGGAGCGCUUCCGCACCAUCACCCAGAGCUACUACCGCAGCGCCAAUGGCGCCAUCCUGGCCUACGACAUCACCAAGCGGAGCUCUUUCCUGUCUGUCCCUCACUGGAUCGAGGACGUGCGGAAGUACGCAGGCGCCAACAUCGUGCAGCUGCUGAUCGGGAACAAGGCGGACCUGGCUGAGCUCCGGGAGGUGCCGCUGGCCGAGGCCCAGAGCCUGGCCCGGCACUACGACAUCCUGUGCGCCAUCGAGACCUCGGCCAAGGACUCGCGCAACGUGGAGGAGGCCUUCCUCAGGGUGGCCACGGAGCUCAUCAUGCGGCACGGUGGCCCCUUGUUCAGCGAGAAGAGCAGCGACCACAUCCAACUGGACAGCAAGGACGUGGCCGAGGGCUGGGGCUGUGGCUGCUGACCGGCCUCCGUCCCCCUCCGCCCCCCUGGCACCUUCCAGAGCUGGGGGAGCCGCGGGGGCCACCCUGUGACCCGCCACCCUGUGAUCCGGCAGGAGCAGGAGCCCAGGGCAGGUGGGAGCCCGUCCUUCACAUGCCAAGACUGGCCUGAGCCCCGCAGGGCCACCACAGUGGGAAAGGGGCCGAGGUCCAACCUGUGACCACCUUCUGCCCAGCAGAUGGCUGCCCCCCUAGCUUCUUCUAGAUCAUCCCAGAACCUUCCAGAUCAUUCUGGAACCUUCCAGAUCAUUCCGGAAAUUUCUAGAUCAUUCCGGAACCUUCCAAAUCCCUCUGGAGCCUCUGUCUGGAGCCCAGAGAGCAAGAUGACCUGGGCAGCCAACUGGACUCAUCCCUCGGGCUGCCCUUCCUCCUGCACUGCCAGCCCCAGGCCCCACACCCCGGGCCUGGCUCCUGCCUUAUCAGGACCUCGGGUUUUUCUGGUUUUCCAUGGAGCUUGUCAGGUGGCCCAAGAGUGGGGUCGUGGCCCGUGGCCAGCUGGGCACUGUGCGUUGGCUUGGGGCCCAGGGACUGGCCACUCAGGUCACACCGUAGCUGAUCCCUGAGUGCUGGCUCAGAAGUCUGGCCAGUAGGGGACGAGGCAGGGACAGGCCUCAGAGGCCAGGGAAGCUCAGGAGGCCCUGGGUCCCUCCUCAGUGCCAGGACAGACGGAGGACUCCUCAAGACGGUCGGGGGGACCUGGAGGCCCCAGCCUGUCAUCCCAGCAGCUUGGGAGGCUGAGGCAGGAGGAUCACAAGUUGGAGGCCAGCCUCAGCCACUCAGGAAGACCCUGACGCUAAAUAAAAUCUAAAAAGGGCUGGGGACGGGGCUCCGUGGUGAGGCACCCCUGGGUUCCAUCCCUGGGACCAAAAAAAAAAAAAAUUUACCCUCCACCUGUGCUGGGUGCUGGGGCCUCUUGGAAAAUAGCAUCAGGGACCCUGAGGGGUCUCAGUGACUGACUGAGGGGACCUGGGACCCAGUGUCAGCUCCUUGUGCACCGACACCCCUUCCCCCACCACAUAAAUCCGCUGCCUCUUCAGCUGAGGCCACUUCCCUGCGGUUCCUCCCAGGCUGGGCCGCCUCAGCCCCAACGUAGGGACAGCAGGAAGUGGGCGGAGCCAGAGGGGCCGGGAGCUGAAGAAGAGUCCUCAGGUCUGGGUGGACCACUGGUAUUUUCUACUCCAAAGCAGGAGGUGGGGCCCCUGUCGCCCUGGCCUGUGGUCUGCAUUGGCCCCAUUCCCAGGUUAGGGGGCCAGGUGCAGGUGUCCUGGGGCCUCGUGGCCCGGUUUCCGGCUCCAGCGCAGGGGUGGCCUGUGGUUCUAGAAGGGGGGAGGGGCUGGGCCAGGGCCACAUGGAGGGUGUCAUGGCAGAGCUCAGGUACUACCUGAGGGCAGGUAGUGCCCAUCCCUGAGGGUGUCUUUCUGCCUCAGAGGUCCCUAGAUGCAUCUGGGACCCGGUGUGCCAGGAAUAGUAUGUAGCCAAGAUGUGGUGGCCCGCCUGUCACCCCAGCUGUUCAGGAGGCUGAGGCAGGAGGAUGGCAAGGUGGAGGCCAGCCUCAGCCACUCAGGUCCUGAGCAGCUCAGCGAGGCCCUGUCUCUAAAUGAAACACGAAACAGGGCUGGGGACGGGGGCUCCGUGGUCCAGGGCCCCUGGGUUCAGUCCCUGGUGCCAAAAAAAGAAAGAAAAAAAUGCUACUAAUGACCCAGCAGGACACAUGUCACCAGGGCCCUGCCCCAGGACCCUCUGGCCAGAGCCAUUUCCCACAGCGAAGGCCGCAUGCUGCAGGCCCUUCUGGGUCCCACCAGGAGGGGCCUCGCUGUCCCUGGGGGUUGGGCCUCUGUCCAGUGGAGACCUGGGCUUGGGUACAGGAGGGUGGGGACUGUGUGACACAAAACCUGCCGUGUCCUUCCGGGCAGCCUGGUGGCCUCCCAGGGGCCCAGGGCCUGGGGGCACUUUAAUCUCUUUGUUUAUAAAGUGCCCAACCCCAGGAGCAGGUGGGGCCGGGACAGCAGGAAGGGGGCGGAGCCAGAGGGGCCCGGGCAGAAGAAGAGUCCGCGGGUCUGGGUGGACCCCUGGGAUUUUCUACUCCAAAGCAGGAGUGGAGCUGGGGACCCUCCCAGAGAUGCCAGAGAGGUUUUCUUUCUCCUUCCAGGAGGGGACCGGUCCCCAGGACCCGGCCCCUGGGUGGGGCAAGGAGAAAGCUCCCGAUUCAUAUUGAAUUCAGUUUCUCUCUCCAGCGGGACCCGCCCACCCUCAGGGCCGGGACAGGGCGGGUGGCAGGGGCCCAGCCAGACCCCGGGGGUGGGUGUCAUUUGCAUUUGGGGAUUUUUUCACGUCACCUAUUUAUGAAUAUUAAAACGUCUUUAUAUCAGAUCUAUUUUUGAAAACUUGGAGAAGUGGCCUCUUUGGGACCCUCAGAGCCAGAGUGCGAAUCCUGAUCCAUUAAACCGAUUCUGAAACCCGC